AUGGGUAUCUCCAAGAUCCACGCUCGCUACGUCUACGACUCCCGUGGCAACCCCACCGUCGAGGUUGACGUCGUCACCGAGACCGGUCUCCACCGUGCCAUUGUCCCCUCCGGUGCCUCGACUGGUCAGCACGAGGCUUGCGAGCUCCGUGAUGGUGACAAGUCCAAGUGGGGCGGCAAGGGUGUCCUGAAGGCAGUCGAGAACGUCAACACAGUCAUCGCCCCCGAGCUGAUCAAGGCCGGCCUGGACGUCAAGGACCAGACUGCUGUCGACAACUUCCUGGUCAAGCUGGAUGGCACCCCCAACAAGACCAAGCUCGGCGCCAACGCCAUCCUCGGUGUCUCCCUGGCUGUUGCUAAGGCCGGUGCUGCUGAGAAGGGCGUCCCUCUGUACGCUCACGUCUCCGACCUCGCCGGAACCAAGAAGCCCUACGUCCUGCCUGUUCCUUUCAUGAACGUCUUGAACGGUGGCUCCCACGCCGGUGGCCGUCUGGCCUUCCAGGAGUUCAUGAUCGUCCCCUCCGACGCUCCUUCCUUCACCGAGGCCCUGCGCUGGGGCGCUGAGGUCUACCAGCAGCUCAAGAGCCUGGCCAAGAAGAAGUACGGCCAGUCCGCCGGCAACGUCGGAGACGAGGGUGGUGUUGCCCCCGAUAUCCAGACCGCCGAGGAGGCCCUCGAGCUCAUCACCGACGCCAUCGAGAAGGCUGGCUACACCGGCAAGAUGAACAUUGCCAUGGACGUCGCCUCGUCCGAGUUCUACAAGGUCGACGAGAAGAAGUACGACCUGGACUUCAAGAACCCCGACUCUGACCCCACCAAGUGGAUCACCUACGAGCAGCUCGCCGCCCUGUACGGCGACCUGUCCAAGAAGUACCCCAUCGUCUCCAUCGAGGACCCCUUCGCUGAGGAUGACUGGGAGGCCUGGAGCUACUUCUACAAGACCCAGAACAUCCAGAUCGUCGGUGAUGAUCUGACUGUCACCAACCCCAUCCGCAUCAAGAAGGCCAUCGAGCUCAAGGCUGCCAACGCCCUGCUGCUCAAGGUCAACCAGAUCGGAACCCUGACCGAGUCCAUCCAGGCCCGCCAAGGACUCACCGAGGAUGUUACCAUCUCCGACAUCGUCGUCGGCAUCCGGGCCGGACAGAUCAAGACUGGUGCCCCCGCCCGGUCUGAGCGUCUCGCCAAGCUCAACCAGAUCCUGCGUAUCGAGGAGGAGCUUGGCUCCAACGCCGUCUACGCUGGCACCAACUUCCGCAAGUCUGUCAACCUGUAA